AUGAGGACUCUUCGAUCAGAGUCAAAAAUGAAGGGCAGCAAGUUCAACAACACCUUUGAAGAAGCCAUUAACCUUGAUAACGACGAUUUCGUGAACAUUCAUUCAGGAGGUUCUAGUGUGGUGAUGCUUAGUAGGGAACCAUUAGCAAAAAAGAAGGCGAAUCAAGUGUUAGUGAAAAAAACUAAAGUCAUAAAAAUUGAAGUUUCAAAGGAAGAUGUUAAGAAGAAAGGAAUGAAGAAAAGAAAAACGAAAAGAAAGAAUGUUGUAGAAAAUGAAGAUGCAGAUGUUGAGGACGACAAAACUCAGGAGUUGCAAAAAAUAAGUUGCCGUCCAGUCACGCUGUUACUGCUUACGUAUGCGGACAAAGUAGUUUUGAAUGGAUAUAAUCUCCGCAGAUCAAGGCCAUUGAUAAAUCAGAUUGACUCAGUGGAUUUGGAAAUGUUGGAGGAGCAUGGAUUGAGAAAUGGAGAAUUUGGAACCUUGGAGUUUCGUGCAGAUGGGGAAGUGGAUCCUAUUGAUGUAAAUGGUGAUGAGGAUAAGGUGGUAGAUGUGGAAUCAAUUGAAAAGAUAUAUAGUAGGAUCUGUGAUGAUAAGGAAAAAUUGAGGAAGCAAUUAAGAAGGGAUAAUAUCUCUCCCACAAAUGAAGUGACAAUGAAAACGCCCGUUAAAGUUGCAGUCAAUCCUGGGCAAAGUAAUUUUGUGAAAGGAAGUAGUUUUGUGAAAGGAAAUAGUCCCAUAUGCAAUGUUCAAUCUACUGGAAGGAAUAAUGAGAAGACAAAGAUUAUGGAUGGGUGCGACUCACCUUCCGUGCUCUUUCUGGAAUAUAAAGGAAAUACAUCAUUGGAUAGUCCAGUUGUUCUGACUCCUGGUUUUUGA